AUGUUACACAUCACCAACAAAGAAGAAACAGAUCUUCUCAAAGUCGCUCAGUUAGCGGACCUUUUCUCCCUGGUGAAUCGCAAGGCAACCUCAGACAAGCAGACCGAGACUCCUAGUGGUAAGAUAAACUCAGGUAACUCAGGGGUUGGUAAAAUGACCGGCAGUAGUACUCGACCACCUCUAUUUUGUGCUUUUUGUAAACAGCCGGGGCACCUCAUAAAGAACUGUCCUAAUCCCAAGUGCAAGGUAGCUCAAACAUAUCCUGCCAAGCCAGUUGCUUCCAUACAAGCUCUUCCCUCCUUCCCUGUACCUAAAGACUUAUUUGAGCCUUUCAGGUCUGUAGGCACCAUCAGCAUUGAUAACAAGGAUCACCCAGUUAAGAUUGUCAGAGACACCUGUUCAGCUCAGUCCCUAGUGCUGAAGUCAGCAGUCCCUGGUAUUGAACAGUGUUACACAGGUGAAAAGGUAUAUUUAAAAGACUUCCAUGACCCCUUCCCCAUUGCAUUAGCUAAAGUACAUCUUGAUAGCCCACUAGUAAGAGGUGAAGUGAUAAUAGGAGUUAGUGAAGAACCAGCCUUACCCAUCCCUAAUGCUCAACUACUCCUCGCUAAUGACCUAGCUGGCAGUAAGGUGACUCCCCCUUUGGUAAUUAGUGACACAGUGCUGAUGGAUAACCCCACUGUACAGUUAGAAGAGCAACAACCAGGCUUAUUCCCUGUUUGUGUCACUACUCGUGCACAAGCAAGGAAAUCUGAUCGGUCUUUCUCACUUCCAAAGAAGAGCCCAUCCCCACUUGAACUCAAUCAAAUAUUUUCAAAAAAACUUCUCACUGAGGCUCAACAGGAAGACACUACUUUGACUCAAUUUCAUGACAAGGUUAUCCCUCCAGAUCAAAUUACUCAUUACCCUGCCUUUUACAAACAGGAUGGAGUUCUCAUGAGAGUGUUCCGGCCCUCUAAGGUCCCAGAUGAUGCUGCUUGGGCAGAAGCCCACCAGGUAGUUGUGCCUACCAUAUUCAGACAUUCCAUACUAGAGAUCGCUCAUGAAAGUUUUGUUGGUCACUUGGGCAUCAAGAAGACAUGUGAGAAGAUCCUCGCUGACUUUUACUGGCCAGGAUUAAGGGAGGAUGUGAAGAAUUACGUCAGUACUUGUCAUCUCUGCCAGAUAGCGGGUAAACCUAACGUAACUAUCCCACCCUAUCCUCUCCAACCUACUGCUGUUCCCUCAGAACCAUUUCAUAAAAUAAUAAUUGACAUUGUGGGGCCUCUUCCAAAAACCAAGAAAGGUAAUGAAUAUAUCCUAACAAUUCUUGACCCAACAACUAGGUAUCCCGAAGCCUUUCCGAUACGUAAAAUCAACACCAACACUAUUGUGUCCAAGCUAAACCACUUCUUUACUACCUUCGGGAUUCCUCAAACCAUUCAGAUUGACCGAGGAACUAAUUUCACUAGCGUUCUCUUCACAGAGGUGUUAAAAGAGCUUGGUAUCGCACAAACCUUGUCUUCUGCCUAUCACCCGCAGUCACAGGGCGCUCUAGAAAGAUUUCAUCAGACACUGAAAGGACUUCUACGCAAAUUCUGUCACGAGCAGGAGAGCGAAUGGGAUGACGCACUCCCCUACAUGCUUUUUGCCAUCAGGGAAGCACCUAACGAGAGUACAGGAGUUUCCCCAUUCGAGCUCCUGUUCGGUAGGAAAGUGCGGGGACCAUUAGGGAUUAUUAAAGACAAAUUGUUAGAUUCCACUACCCACAAACUUGUCUCUGUAACUAAAUACUUGAACAACCUUAAAGCCACACUCACUAAAGUUCGCACCUUUGCUGAUAACAACUAA